AGACUCUCUCCAAGGUUGAAUUGUUGGCAACUCAUCAGUGAGUUGAGAGCAACCAGCAGAGUCCAGACAUUUUGCCCAACAUUAAAAUACACGAUUGGUAGUUGAUCCAAAGUGAGACGGAAGUUUUAUUCAUCCUUCCUGCCCUGGUCCCGCACGGUCCCACCUGUUGACCAGACAUGAAAAAGUCAAGCACUUCCUCCCACUGGCCUCAUUUGACCGAAGCGUUCCAGCCCUCUCUCUCUCUCUUCCCCUCCACUUUUGCGUUCCGCCUCCGCUCCACCACUCAUCUUCCCCCGGUUCCCUUUUCCUCUCCUCCUCCUCCUCCUCCUCCUCUUCUCCGCAUCCCUUUCUUCCCUCCGCACCCUCCCCCAUCUGUGGGAAGCCGCUUUGCACAUGUCGCCGAUGAGUCAAUUUGUGGAGGUUGAGCGCGCGCGCACGUGUGCUGUGGUCUCCCAUGAAGGCAUCUGCUUCGGUCUGUCUGUUGCAGCACACGGAGGCGGGGGUGGACCACACAUAGUAGCGGCGGCGACGGCGGCGCAAGAACGAGAUGAUGCUGAGGCGGACGCAGUGGUGCGGCGUCUCCGCCUGUUGACGGGAGUUUGACAAGCUCUGCAGCAUCCCCACCGCCGCCUUCACGUGCGUGUGGAACCAUGGCAGGCGCCCAGCCGGGGGUCCACGCCUUGAAACUCCAGCCCCCCGCCGUGUCCCCGACGCUGAGGAACGGCAGCAACUUCAUCAAAUGGGACGAGGAUCUUUCCACCGUCACUCCUGUGACUCUCUUUGUGGAUCCUCAUGGACUUUAUCUCUACUGGACCGACCAAAACAAGGAGACGGAGUUGUUAGACUUGACCCACGUGAAAGAUGUGCGGACAGGCAGAAGCACCAAAACUGCCAAGGAGGCCAAGCUGCGCGAGCUGCUGGACGUGGGCAACCUGGUGGGCCGGCUGGAGAACCGCAUGGUCACCGUGGUGACGGCCUCCGACAUCGUCAACGUCAACCAGAUCAUCUUCAUCGCCUCUCAGGAGGAUGAGGCCAAGGUGUGGUGCGAGGAGCUUUUUUGUCUGUCUUCCAACCUGCUGAGCCACAACCUCAACAGAGACCACAGCCUCCUCAAAGCGUACGUGAAGUUGACUCUGCAGCCCAACGCGGAGGGCAGGAUCCCCGUCAAGAAUAUCGUUCGCUCGUUUUCAUCGGACAGGAAGCGGGUGGAGACCGCCUUGGAGAACUGCCGACUUCCUUACGGGCGGGGCGACGCCAUCAAACUGGACGACUUCCCUCUGGAGGUGUACCAGAGCUUCCUGGAGCACCUCUGUCCUCGUCCGGAGCUGGCCACCAUCUUUAAAGCGCAGGGAGGCGAGGACGGCGCCAUGUCGGUGGACCGCAUGACGGAUUUCAUCAACAACAAGCAGCGGGACCCCCGACUCAACGAGAUCCUCUACCCGCCUCUCAGGCCCGCUCAGACCCAGACGCUCCUCGAAAGGCACCAAAGCGACAAGACGUCGCUGGAGCAGGGCCUGAUCUCCUUGCAGGCCUUCUGCAGUUACCUGUCGAGCGACGAGAACGCCGUCAUCCCUCCGGACAAACUGGACCAGUCCGAGGACAUGAGCUUCCCUCUGCCGCACUACUUUAUCAACUCCUCGCACAACACGUAUCUGACAGCGGGCCAGCUGGCGGGGAGCUCGUCGGUGGAGAUGUACCGGCAGGUGCUGCUGGCCGGAUGUCGCUGCGUGGAGCUGGACGUGUGGAAAGGCCGCACGGCCGAGGAGGAGCCCGUCAUCACGCACGGCUUCACCAUGACCUCCGAGAUCUCCUUCAAGGAAGUCAUCGAGGCCAUUGCAGAGUGCGCCUUCAAGACGUCCCCUUUUCCGGUCAUCUUGUCUUUCGAGAAUCACGUCGACUCUUUGAAGCAGCAGGCUAAAAUGGCAGAAUAUUGUCGAUCGAUCUUCGGAGAGGCCUUACUGAUCGACCCGCUGGACAGAUACCCGCUGGAGUCGGGCAUCCCGCUGCCCAGUCCUCAGGAGCUGAUGGGCAAAAUUCUCAUCAAGAACAAGAAAUCUCACAAAGCCUCCGCCGGCGACGUCAAGAGGCUGACGGAGCAGCCGGCCAAUCAGGACCCCGAGCCCCUGUCGCCUAGCAACAACGCCACAGAGAUGGAGGCCGAAAGCGAGGAGGACGACGAUGACGACGACGACGACGGUAAAAAGGGCUCAGCAGAGCGCGAGGCCGUGGCCACGGAGGAGAUGUCCACCUUGGUCAACUACGUGCAGCCCACCAAGUUCAACUCCUUCGAGGCGUCCAAGAAGGCGGCCCGCUGUUACCACAUGUCGUCGUUUGUGGAGACCAAAGCUCUGGAGCACCUCACCAAGUCACCGGUGGAGUUUGUGGAAUACAACAAAUCCCAGCUGAGUCGGAUUUAUCCCAAAGGAACCAGAAUGGACUCGUCCAACUUCAUGCCGCAGCUUUUCUGGAACAGCGGCUGUCAACUGGUGGCUCUCAAUUAUCAAACCCUAGAUCUUUCCAUGCAGUUGAACCUCUUCAUGUUUGAGUACAACGGUCGCAGCGGCUACCGGCUGAAGCCCGAGUUCAUGCGGCGGCCCGACAAACACUUUGACCCUUUCACGGAGAACACGGUGGACGGCAUCGUAGCCAACACGCUCUCCGUCAAGGUGAUCUCGGGCCAGUUCCUCAGCGAGCGCAGGGUGGGCGUCUACGUGGAAGUGGAGAUGUUUGGCCUUCCCGCCGACACCAGGAGGAAAGCUCUGAAGACCAAAACCUCGCCCAACAACAACGCCGUCAACCCGGUGUGGGAUGAGGAACCCGUCGUCUUCAAGAAGGUGAUCCUUCCGACUCUGGCCUCGUUGAGAAUCGCCGCCUUUGAGGAAGGGGGCAAGUUCAUCGGCCAUCGCAUCAUCCCCGUGUCCGCCAUACGGCCCGGCUAUCGUUAUAUCGGCCUGAGGAACGAGAAGAACCAGUCUCUGAUUCUCCCCGCCGUGUUCGUCUACAUGGAAGUCAAAGACUAUGUCCCGGACACUUUUGCAGACGUGAUCGAGGCCCUGUCCAACCCCAUUCGAUACGUCAACCUGCUGGAGCAGCGUUCCAAGCAGCUGGCCGCUCUCACGCUGGAGGACGGAGACGUGGACGCGCAGACCGAGGACGAAGCGGACGGCUGCUCCGAGCGUAAAAACGACCCCAAGUCGCCGUUGAUGGAAAACGGACUGAGCCCGGUCCCCGGACCGGCGGGCCACGGUCCCGUCGCCGCGGCACCCAAAGCCUCCGCGGCCAAUCAGCAAGCGGCUCCGACAGAUGCGGCCAAACCAGCAGCAAAGACUGAAGAUUUGGUCUUAAGUGUUCUGAUAGAGCUGCCCGUGUGCACGCUGGCCAGCCUGCAGCAGUCCAAAGUGUACCAGAAGGAGCUGCGGCGUCAGUUCAAGGAGCUGAAGGAGCUGGUGAGGAGACACCAGAAGAAGACCUCGCAGCUCCUGCGAGACAUCAACAACAAGUACGAGAAGGCGGCCAGACGGCGCAGCAAGAGCAGGAGCUCGUCGCCCGACGAGCAUCUGCGGUCGCUGCGAGACGAGCAGCACCAGCAGCUUGUGGCGCUCAGGCAGGAGCAGUACUACAGCCAAAAGUACCUGCAGAGGGAACACGUCAAGACGCUGAACGAGCGACUGAGCGGCCUGGCCGAGGAGAGUCACGGCACGCAGAUGAAGAAACUCAAAGACGUCUGCGGCAAGGAGAAGAAGGAGCUGAAGAAGCAAAUGGACCGCAGAAGAACCGAGAAAAUCAACUUGGCGAAGACCAAAGAGAAACAUCUCGCGGAAGAAGAGAAGAUGGAGAUCAAUAAGUCGUUCGUCAAUGAAGUGGUGCAGAACAUCAAACGGCUGGAGGAGACCCAGGCCAAGCGGCAGGAGCAGCUGCUGGAGCAGCACAAUCAACUGCUGCAGGAGAUACAAGAACACAAACCCAAGCUGCAGGGCGCCAUCGAGGCCGAGUUCCAGGAGAAGUUUGAGCGAUUGCCCGGCGAGAUCGGAGACUUCCUGCGGGACAGGAGGCCGGAGGUGCCAGGGCACGGCAAGUCCCCAGCGUCCACCCCCGACGAGAUUCUCUCCGAGGACGACUGAAGACCGCCUCGAGGAAAGUACAAAGCCAGUAAGCGGACGUCCGUACGCGCGCGGUGGGGCGGGCGGACGCUUUCCUUGGGACUUGGCUCACGCGUCCGGAGGCGGC